CUUGUUUGAAAGCGGAUGUCUGAGAAAACGUUCCAAUGGUCUGUCUUUGUGCUUCUCAUAUCCGUUGUAGAGUGUAAACAAGAAUGUUGGUCCUGCAGUGGAGUUGAAACCGCUAGCGAGUGCACCCAUCAUAUACAGUGUGGUGAUGGUGAGGUCUGUUAUAUGCACAACUUUGUAACCGAAUCCGGCACCGAAGAGUUUGAUUACGGAUGUGGCUCGUCACUGGCUUGUAGUAAUUCGGGUGGUUCGAUACUUGGUCGCCGAUCUGAAGGCCAUCAUGUGAAGUGUGCACUUUGCUGCGAUUCCAGACUAUGUAAUGACAUUUUGAAUUGCUCAAAUUCUGUUCAAUUACCAUUAAGACUUCCACGAGAAUGUGCCGACUUACAAUUAUCUGUAAAUGGUGUCCAUACAAUUUACCCAUAUGGACAAAUGCAGCUUCCGGUAUCUGUUUAUUGCUACGUUGAUUCAAGUUUGCAUUCAUGGACUGUUAUUCAACGAAGAAUAAAUGGAUCAGUCAACUUUUAUAGAGACUGGCAAGCAUACAAAACUGGAUUUGGACACGCAAACGACGAGUAUUGGUUAGGGAAUGACAAUAUACAUGAGCUGACAGCCGACUCAAACCAUGCAUUGAUGAUACUUAUGACAGAUUUUAGUGGGGUAACAAAGUUUGCUGAAUAUCUUUCGUUCCAUAUAUCUUCUGAAGAUAAUGGUUAUCAGUUGAUGGUCAGUAAAUAUGAUGGAACUGCAGGAGAUUCUUUGACAGGACAGAAUGGACACAAGUUCACUACUUUAGAUCGAGAUAAUGACAGUUCUGGAUCUAAUUGCGCCGUACUGUAUAAAGGGGCAUGGUGGUAUGACGCCUGUCACAGCUCGAAUUUAAAUGGAAUUUAUUAUCAUGGUCAUCAUGAUGAAUUUGCCACGGGAAUAGAUUGGUAUACAUUUCAUGGGUAUUAUUACUCAAUGAAGACUACCAUGAUGAUGAUUAGAAAAUACUAA